UCUGUUUUUGGAUGCUGAAAAGCCUGCAGUGGGUGCCAUGGAUGUGAAGGAAAGGAAGCCGUACCGUUCCCUGACCAGGCGCCGGGACACUGAACGCCGCUAUACCAGCUCCUCAGCAGAAAGCGAAGAGGGCAAAGUACCCCAAAAGUCCUACAGCUCCAGCGAGACCCUGAAGGCCUAUGACCAAGAUGCCCGCCUACCAUAUGGCAGCCGGGUCAAAGACAUGGUGCACCAGGAGGCGGAUGAGUUCUGCCGAGCAGGUGCCAACUUCUCUCUUCGAGAGCUUGGGCUGGGAGAGGUGACCCCACCCCAUGGAACUCUGUACAGGACAGACAUUGGCCUGCCCCACUGUGGCUACUCCAUGGGGGCUGGCUCAGACGCUGAUGCUGAGGCUGAGGCCGUCUUGUCCCCCGAGCAUCCGGUAAGACUGUGGGGCCGGAGCACCAGGUCUGGAAGGAGCUCCUGCCUGUCGAGCCGGGCCAACUCCAACCUCACCCUCACUGACACUGAGCACGAGAACACGGAGACUGUAUCCAUGUAA